CCAGAAUCUAUUAGUAAAAGCGAGAGUUAGUGGCUCUGGUGUCUCCACACGAUUUCAUGUUCCUCAAGAACAUAGUCUCGAUAACGAGAUUAAUAGUACUGGCCGAAAGCGCAAGUGUGAAACCCGUUGUGAAUCCGACCAAUAUACAAGUGGAUGCAUCAAAUUCUAAUAAUUCAUUUAAUACGCAAGGGCUAUUGGCGUUAACUCACGAGUUGUCCUUCCAAUCCGAUUCCCUGGAGUCGUGACGUAAUGCCUGUCCAGACACCCACACACGACUAUAUGGGGAACACUAAGUGUGCAUGCGGAUCAAUCUAAAAUUGCUAAAUUGAUGGUGCUAAUCCAGAGAUGGAAGGCCUGAGGGACAAUUGAAAGGGACCACACGCGGCGGAAUACUGUCAGGGGGCGUGCCCACCUUGUUUUCGCUACUGUCGAUCGAGUUGAGUUUAUGGGCAACUUUGGAGGGCUUAGUCGCAACAUUGCACUAUUCAGGAAACUCUUGGGGCCAUAGAAACUGUCAGCGUAGUGCUUAAUUCUAACUGAUUGAGGUGCGGAUAGAGUAAAUUGACCAUGAAUCUGGAGACGCACAGCUGGCUACUUUUACAGUAGUUUACAAAUACCCCUCUCUUCCCAUCCACGGAGGAUUCUCAGGGUGGAUUCAAUUGUUUCUGCAAUCUCCCAAAAGUCUAUCUUGUACGAAGCGCAACGAACGAUUUCCCAAUAUGAGCACAGAAAAGUCAUCAAUCAUGCACAGGGAGGACUUAGACGAUGCAGCUAUACAUGAUGCCGAACAAUUGGCAGCAAUGGGCCACGCCCAGAGCCUAUCGCGCAAGUUUAGCCCUUGGAGCAUGCUGGCACUGUCAUUCAGCAUUCUCGGUACCUGGGCAACCUUCGCAGUUGACCUCUCGAACGGAUUAACGAACGGAGGAGCUAUCACGAUCCUCUGGGGCCUUUGCCUCGUGACUUUCUGCAACUUGUGCGUAGCCGUUUCGCUGGCUGAAUUGUGCAGCAGCAUGCCGACCGCAUUGGGGCAAGCAUACUGGGUUUCUCGCCUCUGGACAUCGCCACUCGGUCGUUUUGUCUCAUAUUCCUGUGCCUGGAUCAAUGUAUUCGGCUGGUGGACUCUUGCGGCGUCGCAGAAUGCGUUUAUGACAGACAUCAUUCUCGGCAUGAAUGUCAUGUUAGAUGAAAGCUGGACUGAAGGAGACAAAAGAUGGUUGAAAUUUGUCAUAUAUAUUUCAAUCACUAUAAUCAUGACAGUGUCUAAUAUCGUCGCAUGCCGCAGGGAUUGGAUUCUCCGCUGGUUCAACAACGUUGUUGGUGCUUGGUUCGGAGCGGAGUUCAUUAUUUUCGCUCUCGCCAUGCUCAUCUCAGUGGGCGUCAAAUCCGAUCUUUCCUUCCAGCCUGCUUCAUUUGUCUUCACUCAGUGGAUCAACAACACGGGCUGGAGUGAUGGCGUUGUCUGGUUUAUAGGCCUCGUCCAGUCAGCCUACGGAUUGACGGCUUUCGACUCCGUGAUCCACCUGAUAGAAGAACUUCCAUCCCCUCAGAAGAAUGGCCCGCGGAUUAUUUGGCUUUCUGUUCUUAUAGGCUCGAUAUCUGGCAUGAUAUUCAUGAUCGUUUGCCUUUUCUGCAUUCAAAGUCUGGAAAAAGUCCUACAACCCCCUUCUGGGUUUCCGUUCUUGGAGCUCCUUAAGGAGACCAUCGGGCCCAAAGGGGGUUUUGCGCUCAUCGUUUUUUUCACAACACAAAUGCUCGGGCAGGCCGUCAGCAUGACGACAACCGCCUCUCGUCUAACAUGGGGUUUUGCGCGCGAUGGCGGCCUCCCCUUUAACAACUACCUGACGCAUGUCGACAACUACUGGAAAGUUCCGGCACGAGCUCUGUGGUUUCAGGGUGGUAUCAUUGGCUUAGUAGGCGUCCUAUACUUCUUUACAGAGGUCGUCAUCCAAGCAGUCGUGAGCGUCUGCACUAUCGCCCUAACAAUCUCAUACGGGAUCCCCAUUCUCGCGCUCGUGAUGUUCGGGAUGGGCGAUAUCCCGCCUGGAGAUUUCACCCUUGGCCGUCUGCGCCCUGUCGCUAACUGGGUCGGCCUGACAUAUUGCGGUGUUACAACGGUGUUCUUCUUCUUUCCUAGCUCGCCUAAGCCUACUGCCAUCGGGAUGAACUAUGCCAUUGCGGUGUUUGGAAUCAUGGUCCUCAUUGCGAUUAGUUUCUGGUUCAUUAAAGGGCAACAUACCUAUUUGCGGACAGACGGAGCUUUGGUAGAGAUGAACCGUGCUGAGCAACUAGAAGCUCAGAAUGGAAGACGAAUAUAUCCAGAGCAAGAUCAAGCUUCAAAGAUAAGCUAA